AAGCAGCUAUGAGAGGGAGAACGAGCAUCCUGUUGUUCCUCUGCUUGCUGGGCACCAGUCUAGCAAUGAAUUGCCGGGAAGUUGCAGGAAAACUGAAGCAGAUUGAUGCAGGGGUCGGUCAGGUUUUUGGAGUAGCUGACGACAACAGCAUCUACACCAUUUUUGGGCGAACCUGGACCCGGAUACCUGGGGCCCUAAAGCAUGUUACUGUGGGACCUGCUGGGGUCUGGGGGGUCAACACAGGCAAUCAAAUCUUCAAACUUGUGGGUGGUGUCUGGGUCCUGGUGGAUGGCCUACUGAAGCAAGUGGAUGCAGGAGACCAGUUUGUGGUGGGGGUAAACAUAGAAGAUCAUGUGUACUGCCUGGGACGGGGUGCCACUGUGGGGUGCAGGGGACCUGGCCUCCCCAUAUCCUGGAUUGGUAUUACAGGGAGCCUCAAGUACUACAGCUGUGGCCCCAAUGGCUGUUGGGGUGUCAAUUCAGCCAAUGACAUCUUUUUCAGGAAGGGGGUGACGCCAGCAGCGUGCCGAGGGAAUGACUGGCAGAAAAUUGCAGGGGCGUUGGUGAUGAUUGAAGUGGGGACUGACGGCAGUGUUUAUGGAGUCAAUGAUGAGGGAGAGGUAUACCGCAGAGAUGGGAUCACUGCCGCAAAACCAGCAGGAACAGAGUGGAUUUCAACGAGCCCAUGCACCAAGAGCAAGCACGUGAGCUACGACCUGGGACAUCUGUGGGUCGUCACCACUGAUGGGAGGAUCCUGGACUGUGUUGUUUAAGAGCUUCAUCACACAAUAGUAGCAGUUGAAGUUGUACUUCCCUCUAGGGUCUUUCAGCGCACUUAUCCCUGGUUAUGGGUAUGCACUUUGUUGUACGUCGCUCUGGAUAAGACCGUCUGCCAAAUGCCAUUAAUGUAGUAAUCACCACAUUUUAACCAAAUAAAUGAUUAAAUACCUCUACGAACCUUCA